UCACAUCAGCCAUCCUCAGGGUACUCAGUUCCCUGAGCUGGAUGGCAGAGAUGGUGAGCUGAUUGAGGUCCCUAUAACUCAGGAAGAAAUGGUACUCUGUGUCUGUAUGUUAACAACAAUCCUAGGAUGUAUAUUUGGCCUGAAGCCUAGCUGCUCAAAAGAUGUGAAAACCUGCAAAGGUCGUUGCUUUGAAAGGACCUUUGGAAGCUGCCGUUGUGACAGAGAUUGUGUCAAGCUUGGAAACUGCUGCUUAGAUUACCAGGAAGCAUGUAUACAGCCAGCCCAUAUAUGGACCUGCAAUAAAUUCAGGUGUGGAGAGAAGAGGCGACCGGAAUAUCAUUGUUCCUGUUCAGAUGAUUGUGUGGAAAAUAAAGAUUGCUGUGUCAAUUAUCAUGCUGUUUGUAAAGGAGAGGCAAGCUGGGUUGAAGACGAGUGUGAGGACAUUACUGAACCUCAGUGUCCAAAAGGAUUUACCAAAUCUCCAGUGUUACUAUUUUCAUUGGAUGGCUUCAGAGCAGAAUACCUGCGGACUUGGGGUGGGCUUCUACCUGUUAUUAGCAAAUUACAGAAAUGUGGAACAUAUACUUCCAGUAUGAGACCAGUGUAUCCUUCAAAAACCUUUCCCAAUCACUACUCCAUUGUCACAGGUCUGUAUCCUGAAUCUCAUGGUAUAAUUGAUAACAAGAUGUAUGACCCCAAAAGAAAUGCAUCCUUCACCCUUAAAAGUGAAGAGAAGUUUAAUCCACAGUGGUACCAAGGGCAGCCUAUUUGGCUGACGGCUAUGUACCAAGGUCUAAAAGCUGCUACGUUCUUUUGGCCUGGGUCAGACGUAGCAGUUAAUGGAACCUUUCCAAAUCUGUAUGAAAAAUACAAUAGCUCAAUCCCCUUUGAAGAAAGGGUGGUAACUGUUCUUCGCUGGCUGCAACUACCUGAAGAUGAAAGACCACACUUUUACACUCUGUAUUUAGAAGAACCAGAUUCCUCAGGCCAUAAGUUUGGACCAGUAAGCAGCGGAGUCAUUAUGGCAUUACAGAAAGUGGACAACAUAGUAGGGAUGCUGAUGGAUGGUCUCAAGCAAAUGAACUUGCAUAAAUGCCUGAACAUUAUUUUCAUAUCAGACCAUGGGAUGGAAGCAGGGAGCUGCAGAAAAACAGCAUAUCUGAACAGCUAUCUGGACAAUGUUCAAGAUUUCAUAGUAGUACCUGGUCCUGCAGCUCGCCUAAGACCUAAUAAUGUUCCAGAUGAGUAUUUCUCUUUUAAUUAUGAAGGCAUUGUCAGAAACCUCACAUGCAUAGAACCAAAUCAGCCCUUCAAAGCUUACAUGAAACAGAUGCUACCCAAGCGUUUCCAUUAUUCCUAUAAUGAUCGGAUUGAACCAUUGCACUUCUAUUUAGACUCCCAAUGGCAGCUUGCUAGGAAACCGCUUGAGAUUAAAAGAUGUACAGGUGGAUUCCAUGGUUCAGACAAUCGCUUCCCCAGUAUGCAGGCUAUCUUUAUUGGGUUUGGACCAGGAUUCAAGUUUCAUACUAAAGUUGAUCCAUUUGAAAACAUCGAAGUAUAUAAUUUAAUGUGUGAUUUACUUGAUUUGAAACCAGCCCCGAACAAUGGAACUCAUGGACGCCUAAACCACCUCUUAAGGAAUCCUGUUUACACCCCCCAACAUCCCAAAGAAACAAGCCAUCCUUCUGAAUGCUCUGUCGUGGGACAAAGAGCCUUCUCAGUGAGCCUUGGCUGCUCUUGCAGGGCAGGGGGCUUGCCAGUAAGGGAUUUUCAUCAGCGUUUAAAUCUCACUGAAACAGAAGUUAAGAAGACAGAGGAACUUACUUUGCCCUAUGGACGGCCCAGGGUUCUGCAGAAGAGCCAUAAUUACUGCCUUCUUCACCAUUACCGCUAUGUGAGUGCAUACAGUAAGGACUACAGGAUGUCUCUGUGGAGUGCGUACUCUGUUAACAAAGAUGACAAAUGGGUUUCUGAUAUAGAAAAUGCCUCCAGCUGUUUACACAAGGAUGUUCGUAUUUCUUUUAAUCAUAACCAGACAUGUUGGUUUUAUAACAAUCAUCCUCGCCUAACUUAUGGAUUCCUUUCUCCUCCAAAUUUCAUGAUAGGUGGAAAGAAACAUCAGUAUGAUGCCUUGCUUACCAGCAACAUUGUGCCAAUGUAUCCUGCAUUUAAAGUGUUAUGGAACUACUUUCAUCAGUACCUGCUACCUGAAUAUGCUGCAGCCAGGAAUGGUAUCAAUGUAGUCAGCGGUCCUGUGUUUGAUUAUGACUCUGAUGGGCUCUAUGAUACUCCAGAAAAGGUGAAAAGUAAUUCAGAAGUUCCAGUUCCAACUCACUACUUCAUUGUGCUGACUAGUUGUAAAAAUACUUCUGAAACUCCUCUGGAGUGUGAAGGGUCUCUAGAUGCCUUGUCUUUCAUUGUACCUCACAGAGAAGACAACAGUGAAAGCUGUGCAGAUGGAAAGUCUGCGUCUGUGUGGGUUGAAGAGAGAAUGAAGUUUCAUACAGCUCGGGUCAGAGAUAUAGAACUACUUACUGGACUCAGCUUCUAUCAAGACAGAAAACAGCCAGUAGCUGAGAUUUUACAGUUAAAAACAUAUUUACCAGCUUUUGAAAGGAUCUGA